AUGAGCGAAAAUUCCAAUGUGAGGAUGUCUGCAUCUUCAUCUUCUCAUUUGUAUAGUAUGCCAAAACGAAAAGUACUACCAACUGUACUCAAUUUUAUGGAUGGUUUUCGUAUCGUAUCAAAUAGUAAUACUAAAUAUAAUAAAUCAUCAGCAGAUAUAUUCGAUUUGCUACGACGAGCGAUAAACGAACGACGACGUAUUGAAGUGUUGACACGUGAUUGUCGAGGUAUAUAUGGGAUACUUGUGGGAUGGCUCAUUGUUUUCGAUAAACAUAUGAAUUUAAUUAUGUCUGAUGUGGACGAAGUAUUUCGACGGUUAACUGAUGGUCACGAUUAUCUCGAAUUAGGUUCAAAGAGACAAACUAUUCCAUUAAUUAAACCCGAAACAUCGACAAAAAAGCCUACAGAAGUUACAAAUGAUUUUCAAACUUUUCGAGCUCAAUUAGCGAAUUUUUUACGUAAUAAGAAAAAACAACCAGUCAUUGCUAAGCCACCACGACAAACAUUUAUUGACGAAGACGACGAAGAUGAUGAUGAGAACGAUGACCAUCAACAAACAUGUGAAUGCCACCCUGAAAAUUUAUUAUCGAUGGAAUUGUUGAGUAUUAAUAAUUUGACUGUACAACGUCUUAGUAAUACAACUAAAAAUAUUGAUACUUCAUCAAUAGAAACUGCCACCAUAUUACCAACAUCAAAACGAGCUAAAGUUCGUUUUUUCUCUAGACAUAUUCCUAAAUUAUUUAUUAAAGGCAAUCAAGUGUGUCUUAUUCGUCUUCUGUCUUCUUAA